AUGGCACAUAAAGAUCCGGCCUUGUGGACUGCAAUGAUUUCUAGCUAUAGCAUAAAUGGGUAUGCUGAUAAGGCACACACGCUUUUCGAUCGAAUGCUUGAACUAGGAUAUAAGCCGGACAGUAUCACCUUUAUCCCUGUUCUAGCUGCUUGCAGUCGUGCAGGCAUGAUAGCAAAAGGUCGGCAUUACUUUGAUAGGAUGAAACGAGAUUAUUGCAUUCUACCUUGGUGGGAGCACUAUGCAUGCAUUGUAGAUCUUCUUGGUCGGGAAGGGCACUUGGACGAGGCAUAUGAUUUCAUUGGCAAGAUGCGACUAAAACCGAAUGAUGAUGUGUGGGGUGUCUUGCUUGGUGCCUUUAAAAUUCAUCAAAAUAUACAGUUGGGAGAACUUGUAGCAGAACAUUUUUAUGACCUGAAACCCAAAAAGGCUGGAUAUUAUGUUCUGAUGUCAAACAUCUAUGCCGCAGCUGGAAGGUGGGAUGGUGUAGCAAAGGUAAGAGAAAUAAUGAAAGACAACGGGGUGAUAAGGAUGCCUAGAUAUGCCCGGAUUGAGAUCAAGAACAAGGUUCGUGUACUCCUUGUGGCGGACAGAGCACAUCCACAAUCAGCAGACAUUUAUAAUAGUUUAGAGGAUUUGGCCAGUAAAAUGAAAGAGGCAGGAUAUGUGCUCAACACAUUUGAUGUGGAGGAGGAAGAAAAGAAGUAUAUCCUAUGUAGUCAUAGAGAGAAGGUGGCCACUGCUUUUGGGUUUAUAAAUAUUAAAUGCCCUGGUACAUCUAUCCUAUCGCAACGAAUCUUCGCAUUUGUGGCGAUUGCAACCAUGCCACCAAGUUUAUCUCCAAAAUUGUUGAGCGACAAAGGCGAUCUACGAUGGAAGCUAAAACCUGGGUAA